AUGCAUUUAUUCUCGGCUUCCAGGUGUCUUGCACUAAGUAUCGCUUCCACAACUUUGUUUUCCACGGCUUUGGCUACGAAACCGGUCGAGAACAAGCCUCCGAAAUCACUAUUCACAUUCGAUGAGCUAUGGGAGCUUGAAAAAGGGUUCUGGGAUGCUUUUCUUUACCCUGCGAACACGAAACAGACACAGGGAAAUGAGUCAACCAUAUUCGCAGCCGAUGUGCAAGGGCGCGUGGACAUAACUCGUACUUUCGAUGGUGACGAGCUCAACCGCGAGUACAUUUUCGGUCUCUUCUCAGACCCGGCGCACGUCAGCCUCGUUGGGGUUCCGAUCUCUUAUAGUAUUACUCAAUUCUCUGCCAAUGACAACAUCGCCAGUGCGACAACGGUAGUUACGUUCAACGCGACGACCUUUGGCGUUCUUAUUCCCGUCACUAUUGAUACAUGGAUCGAGUUUAACCCGGACGGAAAGAUCGCUCAGUACGAUGCCACAUUCCGCUGGUUCGAAUACCUUCUGGAUUUCCUGCUUGAAGGAGUUGCGACCAAAAUCAACGCAACUUCCCCGGAUCAAGCCGUCGCAUAUGUGUCAGACUUACUGGCGAAAACUAUCUGCGCAACCCAUGACGAGUACUGCACAGGAUCCGACCAGCAAUAUACCGACAAUAGCGCUUGCUAUGAUUACUUGACCAAGUCGAUCCGCUUUGGCAAGAGCUAUGAGCUUGGACGGAAUACUUUACUUUGCCGCGAGGUUCAUGAGCAUAUGGUGCAGUAUCACCCGGACGUCCACUGCCCGCACAUUGGACCAACUGGUGGUGGUUACUGCGUGGAUGAUAUGAGUUAUGGCCAGACUGUUCUGCAAAAGUAUUUCAAUGACUCGUGGAUUCCGUAUGGGUAUGGGGUAGAUCAGGAUAUAUGGCUGGACAACUAA